AUGGCUGAUAACGGAGAGGGUUCGUCCCUGAACCCGUCUCAAUCCCGACCGAUCGCGACCUCGCCGGGUCGGUCACACUCUCCGGCGCCGGACGUGGGAUUCAGACAGGCCUCGAUUGCACGACUUGCUUCGCCAGUUCCCUCGCCUUCCCUGGGUACAUCGAUCUCGUCUCGGCAAGGCAUCCCGGCCAGUCGUCCGGUGACGAGCAACAACACCGAGCAUAAUUUUCGGGCUGUCGACGACCCGUCCUCUCUUCCGGGUCCCGGCCAGUCGAUGAUUGCUUCAGCACUUCAGGAUAGUGUAGGCCGCUCCCCUCCGAGAUUUGGAACACCGCCGCGCCUAGGUGGGUCGCCCGCCCCGGGGCCAUCGACUCUAGAUAACCGACCAGUCGCAUCACAUUACGGCUCAUUUGACAACAAGUAUGGAAAUGACUCGCCUAGUAUGGCGCCGUACGAAGACCCCGAAGUUGUGAAGAGACAUCUAGUUCUCCCCCAGGACGUGGCGGACAACAGUGACGUCCACUCGCAGAUUGCGACAAGCUUUGGCGGCGAGGAUGAGUUCUCCAGUCUACAGCUUCAGGGAGGUGACAUUACUCGACAAGUCUACCGGUGGGCCGAGGAUGCAGAGGCCGAGGCCGCGGGGAAGUUUCUACGCAGCAAGAGUUUCAGCGUCAGUCGGCCAACGCCGGAGACCGAGACGGAGGAUAUCAACACCAUUCGAGUACCAGGAGGGUUUCGAAGAGACUAUCUGCGAAGAACAGCGGCCAGCCCGCAAAGGGGAAGUGCACAAGGGUCAACUUCAGGGGGGCAUCAUGGCCCCCCUCAGCUUCCUACAUCAAGCUUUCUGGAGUUUCUGACAAUGUACGGUCACUUUGCGGGAGAGGAGCUAGAAGAAGAUGAUGAGGCUUUAGGUCCCGAUGAGUAUUUCUCAUCUGGUGCAAGUUGGGACGAGGGAGAUGAAGAGAGAGAGUCCGGAGAAGAGGCGGCACUGCUUCAGGGUGAAACACCGGGUCGCAAGAAGCGGAAGCAUAAACAGCGUGCACCGGCAGGGACAACAACUACGACUGGAGCUGUUCUGCUGCUGCUUAAGUCCUUUGUCGGCACCGGCAUUCUGUUUCUGCCUCGGGCGUUCCUGAACGGCGGUUUACUAUUCAGUAGUAUGGUGCUACUGGGCGUCUCUAUUCUGAGCUACUAUGCCUUCAUUCUGCUGGUUAACACCCGCAUGAAGAUCAAUGGGUCUUUUGGUGACAUUGGUGGAAUUCUAUUUGGAAAGCACAUGCGACGCAUUAUUCUGGGAUCGAUCGUCCUUAGCCAGUUGGGGUUCGUGUCAGCAUACAUCGUCUUCGUCUCACAAAGCCUACAAGCAUUUGUCCUCGCUGUGAGCAAAUGCAAGUCCUUCAUCGACAUCAAGUGGCUAGUGCUGUUGCAAUUGGUCAUCUUUAUGCCUCUUUCUCUGAUUCGCGACAUCAGCAAGCUUGGCUUUACCGCGCUUAUUGCGGACGUUUUUAUUCUGCUUGGACUGUUGUAUAUCUACUUUUACGACGUCAGCACCCUCGUCAGCAAUGGGGGCAUCUCUGAUGUCAGCUCUUUCAAUCCGGCGACCUGGUCUAUGUUCAUUGGAACCGCCAUCUUCACCUAUGAGGGCAUUGGCCUCAUCAUUCCAAUUCAAGAAUCGAUGAAAAAGCCGCAACGUUUUCCAGCUGUCCUUGGUGGUGUCAUGAUCGUCAUCACUUUCAUCUUCCUCUCAGCAGGUGCCCUCAGCUAUGCCGCAUACGGUUCAAAAACGAAGACUGUCAUCCUUCUUAAUCUACCCCAGGAUGACAAAUUUGUCAACGUUGUCCAGUUCCUCUACUCGCUUGCAAUCUUGCUUAGCACUCCCCUGCAGCUCUUCCCCGCCAUCCGAAUCAUGGAGAACGAGCUUUUCAGCCGCAGCGGCAAGUAUAACCCUUGGAUCAAAUGGGAGAAGAAUUGUUUCCGCUUCUUCCUUGUCCUGGUUUGUGCGGUUGUCGCUUGGGGAGGUGCCGACGACUUGGACAAGUUUGUUUCGCUGGUCGGAAGCUUCGCUUGUGUUCCAUUGAUUUACGUGUAUCCGCCUCUCCUCCAUCUCCGCGCCUGUGCCCAUUCCCGGAAACAGGCCAUUGCCGACAUUGUACUCGCUUCCUUCGGCGUUAUUUGCUGUAUUUACACGACCGCCCUGACCAUUCAAAAUUGGCUCCGCGGUGCCGUUGAUACGACCCCGGGGUACUGCGAUUCUAAGUAA